CUGAAUUGUGCUCUGUUCUUUCAGUGAUGCCUGAAGAAGUGACCUAUGCAACUCUCAAGUUUUCAAGUCCUAAGACGAAGGAACCCCAGGAGAGCCACAGUCUCAAAAGAAUGGGACGUAGCACUCCAUCGAAGGUGUGGUGCCCUAUUGCUUUCAUUUCACUGUUGCUGAACCUGGUGGUGCUGGCUGGACUGGGAACCCUGGGCUUAAUGAAUUACUACAAACUUAUCAUCUUCGGCAGCAGGACACAUUAUGACACGCAAGAAAAUGUAACGGAACGGGUGGAGAGAACUACGACAUUACCCACGAAUAUGCCUACAAAUGUCUCAGACCCGGGAUUUUACUUAUGCUCAGAGUUGUGGAUAUGGCAUGGAAGUAGCUGCUGUUACUUUUCUGCUGAACCAAUGAGUUGGAAUAUGAGUAACAGUGACCACGGAAAGAAUCACUGCUCCCUGAUGAAUAUGGGCAAUGGGGAAAACUGGAAUAGAACCAAGCUGCUCAUUAGAUGUCUUCCAUCACCUAUCUCCUGGACGGAUCUGAAUUUUACUCUCGACAACACAAAUCACACAGCAGAGAAUGUUUCAAAUUUUUCCAUUUUGACAUGUUUGGUACCUCCAUAAGUAUUUCAAGUGCCGAAACAGUGAAGUAUGCAGUAUUCAAUGGAAAUGGAAUAACUGGAAAAUCUAAUGACUCUAGUAGUUAUUGUAUCUGUGAAAACAAAGUAGAUGUACCAAAUUCUCAAUCUUAUGUAAAUGCAAACACUUGUAAUAAUGCAGGAUAUAGAAAUGACCGUGUAAGCUGAAACUAUGCAAAAACAAUCUCAGAAUCAAAUGGGGUAAA